AUGAGCCUGCGGCGGUACGUGACGCUGGCCGUGAUCUGCGUGCUGGCGCUGUUCUAUGUCAUCCCCGUGGCGGCCCUGCAGGGCCUGCUGCAGCUGGACCGGCUGCGCCAGAUCCCGUUUCUCGACAAGAUCCUGGACAUCCCGCUCGUCCGCUCCCUCCUACUGGGCGUCCUGCCCGGCCUCGCGCUGCGGCUGUUUGUGAUGCUACUGCCGCUACUGCUGUACCCGCUGAACCGGUCGGCGGGGGCGGUAAGCGAGGCGGACGUCGACUUUGACGUGUCGACGCAGUACUUUGUGUUCCAGGUGCUGGCCGUGUUUGGCGCGAGCUUCAUAUCCGGCACGCUGUUCAACCAGGUCCAGACGUGGCUCAAGGACCCGUCACAGGUCCUCACGCUGCUCGGGACAGGCGUGCCCCAGACCGCCUCUUUCUUCAUCAUCUACACUCUGUUUGUCGGCCUGAUCGGUCGCUCCCUCGGCCUGCUGCGGCUGUUCGGCCUCCUGAUCUACGCCAUCCGCUCCGCGUUCGCGGGCACGCCCCGCGCGCGCGCACGGGCGUGGCAGCUGCAGACGUGCGCGUUUGGGGGCCGCAUCCCGGAUCAGACCAUCAUCAUGCUGCUGGGCAUCGUGUUCAGCUGCAUACAGCCGCUGAUCCUGGUGUCCAUGCUCAUAUUCUUCGCCAUGUCCCUGCUGGUGGAGAAGUACAAUUUUGUGUACGUCUUCAGGCGGCGGUUCGAGAGCGGGGGGCGCAUGUGGCGGCAGGUGUUUGUCCAGAUCAUGACCGCCCUCUACAUUUUCCAGGCCGUCAUGGUCAGCCUGCUGAGCAUCAAGCGGUUCGUGUUUGCGCCACUGCUGGUGCCGCUGUUCCUCGUCACCGUGGUGUACCACCGCGCGGCGAUGACGCUCUUCAGGCGGCCUUGGGAGACACUCAGCCUGAGGGACGCGCGGGACCUGGACGAGGGUGAUGAGUCAGGGGCCCAGCUGGCAGAGCCACUGCUGCAGCAUCAGGCCUCAGGCCAGCCCGACACCUUUGGCGCGGGGGUUGGCGGCGGCGCCGCCCCCGCGCCGGGCGCCAUCUCGGUGGCUGCGAUUGCGGCGUCGCAGUACGUCGCGCCGCCCUUCAUGCCGCGCGAGCGCGAGCUGCGAGACCUGGAGGCGGAGGUCACGCGCGUUCAGCAGGCGCUCAGGGACCACAACGAGGCGGUGGAAGCCGGGGAGACGCCGCCAAUGUCGUCAGACGUAUGA